AUGCUGGCCCUCACUCUGACCGCCGAACUGGAGGGUGUGACGGACCUCAGGCCCAACGACACCCAAGAGACCCCGUUCUACUACACCUUCAAGGUCCAGUGCACCUCCUGCCGCGAGAUCCACCCUAACUGGGUGAGCGUCAGUCGCUUUGAACAAAACGAACAGAGCGGCAGCAGAGGCGAGGCCAACUUUGUGUGGAAGUGCAAGAACUGCAAGAGAGAGCACUCUGCCAGCAUCAUCGAUACUCCGAAACCCUACCCGCAGCAGUCGCCGCCAAAGAGCCAGAAGAUCAUCACGUUCGACUGCCGUGGUCUUGAAUUCGUCGAGUUCAAGCCGGAUGGUGAGUGGUCCGCCACGGGCCUCGAGUCGGGCUCCAAGUUCGACGGCAUCGACCUCACCGAGGGCGACUGGUACGACUACGACGAGAAGGCGAACGAGGAGGUCAGCAUCAAGGAUCAGAAGUGGGAGAUCGUCCGGGCUUGA